CGCCGGCGAUCUUCGCCUCGGAGAAGGUGGACUCUUCCGGAGCCACGGCCACCAGACCCUCCCUCCGCGAACGGUCCCCGAACUUCGCACACCUGCGGCUCGGGUUCAGGCCCGUCCAGCCCCAUGAAAGCUGUGCGUGACAGAGUACUCUGUCUUUCCAAAGCUGAUUUAAACCAAAGCAAAACAAAAACUUGAUCAGAACCAUGAGUGCCAUAGAUGCCUUUGAAGAGUGGAGAGACACAACUGGACACGGUUGGACUGGAAGAGAUGGUCAAGAAGCUACUUAAGCAAAGGGGUGUCUGCAAGGGAAUUGCCCAGUCAGAAGCAAAGCAACCGGGAGCAGCAGCUUUGAGGCAGGGUGAAUUCUUGCUCCAGCGGUUAGAAAUGUGGCAAACUUAGAUAAGUUGUGCAUCUCUCUGAACCUGUUAGCUCAACUGCAGGAUGAGCCUGAUCACUUCUGCCCCAAUUGCCUACUGGAUUCAAGGAAGAAAUGGACAAGAAAUGGUUCACAAACCAUUCAUGUUAGAAGCAGAAAAAUGUCCAUUAUCUAACUAAUGUUCCACCAGCUCCAGUGAGAAGUAAGUAGACUAGCUGCCGCUUUUGAGCACCUACGUUGUGCCACGCUCUUCCAUCUAUGUGUUUUAAACGUUAUGGUUAUAUUCAGCCCCACUUUACAUAGAGAGGAACUGAGAUCAGAGAGGGCAAGUGACCCUCCAGAGUUCAUCAGCUGUUGAAAGACAGAGGAGGAUUUGAACUCUGAAGCUUGUUUCACUUUAUUUGAAUGAGGACAGAUUCUUCUGGUGUCAGCUGGGUUCAGCAGGAUGCCCCUGAACCCCUCACCCAGCGGCUGGCAGAGGAUUUCUAAGAAGAGAGGAUGGAAGGCAUAAAAGAUAGGAGUAGAACAUGAAUAGGUCUACCUCGGGGCUCUGUUUUGUUCCAUGUUGCAGUGAAGGGCAGGGGAUGAGCAACCGCCUGAGAGGACAGGCUGAGUUCCCUCCCUGGUGUGACUUAACGAUUCAGUAAUGCGUGAGUGUUCCAAGUCUCCAUUUGCCUAUUGGGGCCAUAGCCCCUUAUCUCUCUCCCUCUCAAGUUUUUCCCUCUUUGGCCUUUCUAGCCUCUUUAUUUCAUGCGUGCACAUUCUUGUCUUUUUCUUCUGCCUCUUCCCUCUUUACCACUCUGACAGACUGUAUCAGCGAGUCCCUCUACGGUGUCGUAUCUAACUUUUUUAUUCAUUGCAUGAUUUAUUUUUAGCCUGAAACAACUGCAUCCUAAAAAUGGAGUUCCUAAUGAGACAGAGGCUGAGCAGAGCUAUGUAAGGUAUCUGGGGCUUGGCCUCCCAGCCUCCCUAGCCUGGCUCUUUUUCUACUCUCGCGCGUGCGUGCGUGCGUGUGUGUGUGUGUGGUGUGUGUGUGUAUAUGUGUGUGUCUGCUCUUUGUCCUGAGCCCACGAUUCCAGAGCUGGCUGGACCCAAGGAGGUGAAGAGUCACUUCUCGGCCCCAGGAAGGGCAAAGAAGAGAUACGAAAUCAGUCUGUCUGCUCCCUGCUUGUCUCAACAAGGCCUCUAGCAGUCUUCCGUCCUCUCUCCUGCACACAGCAUAUUUGGGAACGAGAAACAAAACUUUUCCCAAAUGAAGAGAACUCACUUGUUUAUUGUGGGGGUUUAUUUGCUGUCCUCUUGCAGGGCAGAAGAGGGGCUUAAUUUCCCCACAUAUGAUGGGAAGGACCGAGUGGUAAGUCUCUCCGAGAAGAACUUUAAGCAGGUUUUAAAGAAAUAUGAUUUGCUCUGCCUCUACUACCAUGAGCCGGUGUCUUCAGAUAAGGUGGCGCAGAAACAGUUUCAACUGAAGGAAAUCGUGCUUGAGCUUGUGGCCCAGGUCCUUGAACAUAAAGCUAUAGGCUUUGUGAUGGUGGAUGCCAAGAAAGAAGCCAAGCUUGCCAAGAAACUGGGUUUUGACGAAGAAGGAAGCCUGUAUAUUCUUAAGGGUGAUCGCACAAUAGAGUUUGAUGGCGAGUUUGCAGCUGAUGUCUUGGUGGAGUUCCUCUUGGAUCUAAUUGAAGACCCAGUGGAGAUCAUCAGCAGCAAACUGGAAGUCCAAGCCUUCGAACGCAUUGAGGACCAGAUCAAACUCAUUGGCUUUUUCAAGAGUGAGGACUCAGAAUACUACAAGGCUUUUGAAGAAGCCGCUGAACACUUCCAGCCUUACAUCAAAUUCUUUGCCACCUUUGACAAAGGGGUUGCAAAGAAAUUAUCCUUGAAGAUGAAUGAGGUUGACUUCUACGAGCCAUUUAUGGAUGAGCCCAUUGCCAUCCCCAACAAACCUUACACGGAAGAGGAGCUUGUGGAGUUUGUGAAGGAACACCAAAGACCCACUCUACGUCGCCUGCGCCCAGAAGAAAUGUUUGAAACAUGGGAAGAUGAUUUGAAUGGGAUCCACAUUGUGGCUUUUGCAGAGAAGAGUGACCCAGAUGGCUACGAAUUCCUGGAGAUCCUGAAACAGGUUGCCCGGGACAACACUGACAACCCCGACCUGAGCAUCCUGUGGAUCGACCCCGACGACUUUCCUCUGCUCGUUGCCUACUGGGAGAAGACUUUCAAGAUUGACCUAUUCAGGCCACAGAUUGGGGUGGUGAAUGUGACAGAUGCCGACAGUGUCUGGAUGGAGAUUCCAGAUGAUGACGACCUUCCAACUGCUGAGGAGCUGGAGGACUGGAUUGAAGAUGUGCUUUCCGGAAAGAUCAACACUGAAGAUGAUGACAAUGAAGAUGAGGGUGAAGAUGAUGACGAUGAUGAUGACGAUAAUUCUGAUGAAGAGGAUGACAGUGAUGAUGAUAAUGAUGAGUAGCCCAACUCCAGACAAUUCUGAUGGAAGCAAAGCCACAGCUACCCACUACCACAGACAGCACGGGCGGCGGCAAGCAGCCGCCCCACACCCAGCCAGCUCCUUUCCCUUUUCCAUCAUCUCUUUUCCCUCUCCCUUCACAUCAGGAACAGUAUCAUUCAGCUAAUGCCUUUUCAAAUGCAGCAAUCCCACUUGGCAGGGAAAGGAGGGAAGUGAUCUCCACGUUGACUGUCUUGACUGUCAUGGAGCAGAUCUUGUUCUUUGCUGGACCAUCAGGGGUCAUGGCAGUGCCCGAACAUGGCAGUCUGGGAUGAAUAAUUCCCUAACACAGGUUUACUUGUCUUUGACUAUGACAGUAACAGAAUUGACAACUUGCUAACUCACAAGCAUCGAGUGACCUUCUAAUCAGAGCCCAGGGAAGAUACAUGAUUGAUGAUUUCGUUCCCUCCAUACCUGGAAAAUCAGAGAGACCCCUCCUCUAGCCAAGGCAGUUCUUCUUAGGGAAGCCGCAGCCUUGGAAGCAAACUUAUAAAUCAUAUUCUCGUGGCUCUGUUAAACUUAUUUCAAGUGAUGGUCAUUUAUAUCAUUAUGAACUUGGAUACAGAAACGUAUACAGGUCACCGUCAUUUCUAGUAUGUUAGGAAACAGGAAUGGGAGGUUGAGUUGCUCUGUGCAACUUCCUUCUAGUUGUCAAGUCUCACAUAUUCAUCAGCAGGAGGGGAGGGUGGGGGAAAACUAGAAAGAUGAAAGGUUUCACAUUUUUCUGAUGGGUUCGUGUCUCUGAUUGGGUCAGCUGGCUUCCUAGCCUACGCUGGGAUCUGAAUACCCCUUCUCUGUAGCUGCUAGUGAGCCUUCCCAUUUAGAUGAAAGGUUGCUUUAUCCAGCAGUCAAUUAACUGCCCACUUAUCAGGACUCACACAGUUGGUCAGGGCAACAAUAAUUGGAGUUCGUAAUUAUGCCCUGAGGCGCGGAGAAAGAAAUCCCGAAGUGCCUUCCGAGCUGUCUAAAAGUUAACUUGUGCUUGGUAGUUUUAGUGUUAAGUGUGCAGUAUGAUUUUCUAAUUUAUUUUCUCAAUCUUUUAGCACAUGCGUAAGACACUGUGCAAAUUUUUUGAAAAUAGAGCAAUCCUUUUGUGGGAUACUACCUAAUCCUGUCAAUAAACUCAUAUUUUGAAAACAUUCA